CCAUGGUGAAAGCUUAAAGGCUCUUCACUGCUCUAUUUUGAUAUGACAAGAGCUCAUCCCAGUUUAUCCACCAUGAACAAGCUUAUUCUGAUUGCAGGUCUCUGUGUUUCCCUUGGCGGUCUGGUCUCAUCCUCCAGAUUGGUGUGCUAUUUCACUAACUGGUCCCAAUACCGACCUGGCAAUGGGAAGUUUAUACCCCAAGAUAUUGAUGCAAACCUGUGUACCCACUUGAUCUAUGCAUUUGCUGGUAUUAAUGAGACAAAUGAGUUGGUCACCAUUGAAUGGAACGAUGAUGUACUCUAUACAUCCUUUAAUGGACUCAAACAGAGCAAUCCAAAUCUGAAAACACUACUGGCAGUCGGAGGCUGGAACGUUGGAUCACAAAAAUUCACUACAAUGGUGUCAACACAAGCCAAUAGAAAUACAUUUAUCCAAUCUUCUAUUAAACUACUGAGAAAAUAUGGUUUUGAUGGACUUGAUCUGGACUGGGAAUACCCUGCGGCAAGAGGAAGUCCUCUAGAGGACAAGCAGAAAUUCACGCUGUUAUGCAAGGAACUCUUAGAGGGCUAUACAGCUGAGGGAACGGCAACUGACAGGCCCAGAUUAAUGAUCUCUGCUGCUGUGGCUGCUGGGAAAGGAACCAUUGAUGCUGGUUAUGAAAUCGCAGAGAUUGCAAAGUACCUGGAUUUUAUUAAUGUGAUGACGUAUGACUAUCAUGGCACCUUUGAGGAUGUGACAGGACAUCAUAGCCCCUUAUACAAGGGAUCUCAAGAUACUGGGAACCAUGCUUACUUAAAUACUAACUUUUCCAUGAGAUAUUGGCAAGACAAGGGAACACCUGUAGAAAAACUAAACAUGGGCUUUGCUACAUUUGGAAGAACAUUUCGACUGUCUACCCAAUCCAGUAAUGUUGGAGCACCAGCCAGUGGUCCUGCUCCUAGUGGUAAUUUUACCAGAGAGGCCGGCUUCUACUCCUAUUAUGAGAUUUGCACUUUUCUUCAAGGGGCCAGUGUCCACUUGAUCGAGGAUCAGGAGGUUCCAUAUGCCAUCAAACAAAAUGAGUGGGUUGGAUAUGACAACAAAGAGAGUUUUCAGACUAAGGCCGAUUACCUAAAAGACAACAGAUUUGGAGGAGCUUUCGUCUGGUCUCUGGAUCUAGAUGACUUUAAAGGACAGUUCUGUGGACAGGGAAACUAUCCCCUCAUCAGCUUUCUCCGCUCACUUUUAGGUCCAGAUCUUCCUCCCCUCCCCACUAGAGAAACCACCAUCACUACUUCAGCCAAACCCCCCGACAACUUCUGUGCAACAAUGACUAGUGGAGUUCAUGCCAAACCUGAUGACCCACAUUCCUUUUACAAUUGUGACAACGGCAUCACCUGGAUCCAAAACUGCCCAGCUAAUUUGAUCUUCAAAGAUAGCUGCCGUUGCUGUGACUGACCAUUGCUGUUAAAAGCUUUACACGUCAUUAUAUCUGUAUAUCAACAGCAAGAAAAAAAAGAAAAAUCAUUUUUGAUCAUUGACAAUUUUAUGAAUAUAUGUUGUGUUAAGUUCAUCUCAUGGGAAUGUAGUAUUUGUGGGAAGAUGCACUUUUUAUGUGAGAUCAUUAAACCUUAUAUAAUCUAUUAAA